AUGAUCAGGUUCGACAAUCUUCCCCCCGAGGUGAUGCAGGCGAUGUGCACCCCUAUGCACAACAUACUCCCGCCGACCAACCAGAGCCCAGGAUCGCUGUACCUCGGAUCACUCUCGGCAAUCCAGGAUACGUCUUUGCUACGCCAGCACAAUAUCACACACUUGGUACAGGUCCUCGAUGUCCCCUGGCUCCCCGUAUCCGAGAAGGAUGGUUUCGAAUGCUACAAAAUCCCGAUCCAGGACGAAGGCAGCGUGGAUUUACGGCCAUACCUCGAGGCGGUGUGCGCGUGGAUUGCGAGGGCGUUAGCUCAAGGGCGGAGCGUCCUUGUACACUGUCAACAGGGAAUUUCCCGCUCACCUGCCAUCAUCAUAGCGUAUCUAAUGCGCGUGCACCACAUGUCCUACUCGAAUGCCCAUUCUUUCGUCCUCAAAAAGCGUGCCUGUAUCAAACCUAACUCAGGCUUUGUGCGGGCCCUUCAAGACUGGGAGAGUUCUCUCGGAACCGCCGUAAGACCCGGAAUGACCAGGCGUUUCACGAGUUGA